UUCCAGACUUUGUUUAAAGGGUAAUGCGUGACGAUAACAGUUAUAGACUGCGAGAAUUCCUGAAGAAAGUUAGGAGUUCGUGUGUGGAUUACGACGAUUACUGGAUUGAAAAAUUAGUGAAGGCCAUACCAAAAGGCGCUGAAACAAAGGAUGCACUGAUUGAGUCACUGAAAUUUGGAGCAGACAGACUACCGAAUCAAAGCAAUUUCUAUUUUAUUCAUCUCAGUUUAAUCAAAGAGAUAGUAUCAAACGGUGAUAAGGAUUUGUGGAACUGUGAUUUUGUUAGAAAUGUUGUCCGGCAUUUUUCGAGCGAUGUAACUUUUGAUGGUUCGACAAUAGUUAUGAAUGCUUUAUUUAUGCUUUACUGCGAGUUAGAAGAGAAAAAUAUUUCUUAUGAAGAUGAAGCAGUAGUCCAGAAAGCUCUUCACUUGUUGAAUGACAAUAUAAAUCCAAUUCUGAAUGUAACUCUAUGCGAUUAUCUGGACAAAAUAUUUGGAAGGAAGUAUAAUAUUUGUUGGGCUUCUGCCAUUACUGAAUUAUUGAAGACGAGCAGUUCCGGAUCACCGGAUAAAUACACAGGAAGUUCCGCAUUACGCAAGAGAUUGUCACAGCUUCUAUUACAUGAUCCAAGUUUGAUAACCGUGGAGCAGUCACGAGAAAUUUUCAUGUUGGCCAAAAAUCUUGAAAACCGAACUGAACAUAUUAACAUUUCUGAAUGUGAAAUUUUGUCGAUGAAUUUCCAUUUCUGCAAACUUUUGGCCGAACUUGUACAGCAAAAGAAAGUGGAUGAGGAGAUAUUUUUCGAUGACGACUGGAAUUGCGUUCAUAUCAGAAAUGAGAUUUUACUGCAGUUGAUUGCUAUGGGGCGUACAGAAUUGAUCAAAAUUGUAUGGGAUACUCCAAACUUACUUUUAUUGGAUUUGGUGGAAUUAGGACAUUAUUCCAAUCAAGACUAUUUGGAUCGAGGUUUGUCCAUAUUAUGCGAAGAGCGUAAUACAUUAUCAGCCAGCAAAUUUAUUACAAGCCUGAAAAAUCCAUCCAUGGCUUCGCUCGAUUCUUUAUUUGAUGCUUUAGAACUCCAUAACAUGAUUAAUCCAAUGGUUUUAAAUGCAUUACUGCAGAAAUCAGAGUCGUGGAAUAGUAAAACUAUUCCGAUUUUAGCUUCAAAAAUCGCCAGACAGCUUAACUUACCAAGAUGGGAAUGCAGAGAUAAUGCCUUAAGUCAGCUCACCGUGCUAGUUAAAUAUGGAUAUAAUGGAUCUGAGCUGAUCCAGUGUAUCACCGAUAUGGUCAAGAACGACGAACAGCCUUGUAUCCGGAGUGAAGCUCUGGUUUUUUUAAAUCAGAUCGGAAAUCGAGUGGAUGUCAACAGUAUAGCAGCAUCUGUGCUUCUUGCAGACUCCGAUCCUGCUCCAAGGAUUGAGGCUGUUCAAAUACUGCGUAAUGGUUUACCGCAAACGGAGAAACUUUGUCUUGAUCUUAUACCAAAAAUUUUAUAUGAUGAAGAUAUCGCUUUGCACCGUAUAGUUAUAGAUUUGUGUGCAGCCUUAAUUAUCAAUGGUAAAAAUCAAGCACUAAAGGAUUUAUUGGUGAAAUUUCUUGAGGAUGAAGUAGAUUGUUACGAAGAGUUGAAUGAAAUGCUGUACGGCAAAAAUGAGGAAUUAUCAUUACGAUGUAAAGACAACGAUGAUUUGGAAUAUAUAUUUAAUGUUUUGGCGAAGCAGGAUGAGAAAGAUAAGGAUUGUUACGAUUUAUAAACUUCCAGUCUGAGUUAAUUCUUGUUUGGCAUUGAAGUGAUAUUAAAUUGAAAUGAAAAAAGAUUGUUCCAGUGAUUACGAAACACUUUUGACAGUGUAAGACUAAUUUAUUUUCUUAAUUUCGGCUGCCGAUCAUUUUUUGCCUCCAAAAAUGUAAUUAUAUAUAUUUAAAGAAGAAAAUACACUCAGACGUAUAAGUUAAUGCCAUAGACUUCAAAUUAUGUGGAUGAGGAAUUUGGCUGGAUGAUAUUGCUAAUCUCUUAAGAUUUAUCUUUUCUUCAAACCGCAAAUGUCCAAUCUGAUUUGAAUUUGUC